CGCGGGCACUUCCGCGUCGGCGUGGUUGUGUUCGGUUGUGAUUGGGAGUGGGCUUCGGUGCGCCGCGUCCGCAGCGGAACGGGAUCAUAAACGGUGUUGCUUUCCGCGUUCCCCUCAAAACAUCUGCGCGGCCCGGAGGAGCUCCGAGACCGGCUCGAAGACGGGGAGAGGCACAGACGGGUCGAGGAGCUAACGCUGGGCUAGCCUGUCUUAGCUAGCCGCAGCGAGUUGUUGGUGUGUCUCGUCAGUGGUGCCAGGGCAUGGAGGAUGGAUUUCAUAUGUGAUGUGGUCCAGGGCUCGGUUGCGUUGGCAGCGGCCGGAUUGAUUGCGGUGUUUGUAAUAGCACAUGUCACGGCUACUAUGAUAGAUGUGAAACGUCAUGAGAAGGAGAAAUACUUCAUCACUGACACGGGGGAGAAGGAGCCCUUCCCCAGCCUACACGAUCCCCACUCCAGGGAGCUCUCCGUCGUAAUCCCAGCCUAUAAUGAGGAACUCCGAAUGCCUGUAAUGAUGGACGAGGCUAUGGAGUACCUAGAGAAGAGACAGAAACUGCACCCCUUAUUUACUUAUGAAGUCAUUGUGGUCGACGAUGGAAGCAAGGACAAAACCACAGAGGUUGCCUUACACUACACAAGAAAGUAUGGUGCAGACAAAGUGCGGAUCCUGACACUGGUGAAGAACAGAGGCAAAGGAGGGGCUGUGAGGAUGGGAAUGCUGAGCUCCAGAGGGAAGGUCAUCCUGAUGGCCGAUGCUGACGGAGCCACCAAGUUUGCAGACUUGGAGAAGGUUGAGGCAGGCCUUCAUGAUCUCGACCCUAAACCAGAAAACAUGGCUAUUUCCUGUGGCUCCAGAGCUCACCUGGAGCAGGAGUCAGUUGCAAAGCGGUCUUCCUUUCGCACUGUCCUGAUGUAUGGAUUCCACUUCCUGGUGUGGUUCUUCUGUGUGAGAGGGAUCAAGGACACGCAGUGCGGCUUCAAGCUCUUCACCCGCGAGGCGGCCUUAAAGACCUUCUCAUCUCUCCAUGUGGAGCGCUGGGCCUUCGAUGUGGAGCUGCUAUACGUCGCCCAGUGUUUCAAAAUCCCCAUAGCGGAAGUGGCUGUCAACUGGACCGAGAUAGAAGGAUCCAAGUUGGUCCCGGUGUGGAGCUGGCUGCAGAUGGGACGAGACCUGGUGUUCAUUCGCCUGCGUUAUAUCACCGGUGCCUGGAGGCUGGAGUCCCCACAGAAGACCGACUAGUCGGAUCAGAGACAGUCUGUGAUAGGGCCAUUAAACUUGACUGAGUGGGAUUACCAAAUGCCAUAAUCAUCAAAUGCCAUACUGGCGUCAUAUUCUCUCUCUAAACGCUCCGAUUGGAGAAGAGGUGAUGACACAGUGGAGAGUUUCACAUGGUCCUGCUUGUUGUUAGGUUGGCAGUGGCUUGUGGUGGCCGCAGUUACUUCACUGUUACCACAGCUGUCAAGAUGUGUUUCGUAUGACUGAUCCGUGUACUUACUUACUUGUUUUGUUUUUUUUAUUAUUAUUAUUUUGUGGUAACGAGCGGCAAGCGCGAAAGACUUCUUGCAUAAUGUGAAGGAUAUGUCAACCACAUUUUUAUCAGGAUUUUGGCAGAUGGAAUGAAAAAUUCAUUUUAUUAGGUUUCCUCACAAGAGCAGGGGGGGUCUAUUCGU